CAGGAAUUAAUUUUUGGUAAUGUCCAAUUUUCACCACAAGUGUUCAAACAAACACUAGACGUGAUAGAGGACUGAUAUGUUUCAAAGACCCAUUGAAAGCUGAGACUCUGUGAUUCCAAGAAUAUCUAAAUCAUUGUUUUAUAGUCACAUUAAUUGUGUAUAAUAAUCUGCAUCAAGCCCUUAUUUCUCCAGGUCUGUGUUCAGAUGUCACCGCAGGAAAGCAGAGCUCUUUCCUACAUGAACUAUUACCCCUACGACUUCUUUAUUCCCUUUUACCUUGUUCUGUUUCUCUCCACUGAGCUUCCAGCUAUAUUUCCUGGUUUAUUUACAUAUUGCCUGUCUCUCCCAACUAGACUGUAAACUCCACGAAGGAAGGGACUUCAGUGGUUUUCUUCACUCUAACUCCAGCGCUUACAUUAGAAUCUGACAUGCAGUGUUGUCAAAUAAAAACAAUAUUAAACUAUCAUAGAAAAAUUACAAAAAGAGAAUAAAAGACAGUUUCAUUUUGUAUCUAAUUACUUACCUCAACAUUUGUACAGUGGUCAAAAUAGCAUAUACGCCCAAUGAAUAAUUGUUGAAGAAAUGAAUUUGGAUUCUCAUUUUAAUGUAUUUUUUUCAUCUUUUUUUUUCAAAAAACACAGGUUUUAUAUAGUUGCAAUCAUCAUUCAUCUUUUAACCUAAAAUGUAAUUAUUCAGCUGAAUCACUCAUCUUAUUUAUCAGACGUGGAUAUAAUAAUUUGAUGUCAUUUACAAAAAUCGAAUCUAUUUUCACAUACAAAAGAUGUGUUACCACUAAAGCUACACAGAAGUAUAUGCUAGAGGCCAUAAAAAACUAUGAGCUCAUCAUUUCUAAUAUCAUAAUCAUCUCUCUCAUUGGUAUCAUUGAAAAGAGUCAUAGUUAUUUUGGGAGACAGAAUACCAUAAUGAGUUGAGAUCCUAAUAGUUAGCCAAAACAUUCUUGCAAAAGAAAACAUUUGGAAGACUUAUUCUUCCUGACUUUUUUUUUUUUUUUUGGUCUUUUUGGGGCCACACCCAUGGCAUGUGGAAGUUUCCAGGCUACGGGUCAAAUUGGAAGUACAACUGCUGACCUGCACCAUAGCCACAGUGACUGUAGAUCCAAGACUUGUCUGUGAACUACACCGAAGCUCACGGCAACGCAGGAUCCUUAAUCCACUGAGUGAGGCCAGGAAUCGAACCCAUCCUCAUGGAUACUAGUCAAGUUCGUUACCACUGAGCCAUGACAGGAACUCCCAUGUAAUUCCAGAUUUUAAUAUUUACUACAAAGCUAUAGUAAUUAAGACCAGGUGGUAUUGCAAUAAGAAAACAGACACACAGAUCCACAGAACCUAAUUGACAGUCCAGAAAUAAACCCUUAAAUUUACAGCCAAUUAAUUUUCCAGCAAAACACCACUACAAUUCAAUAGGGGAAGGUACAGUGUUUUCACUUUUUUUUUUUUUAAGAUGCUAAGACAUUUGGACAUCUGUAUAGAAAAAGAUGAAUUUAGACCGUUACCUUACACAUAUGCAAAUAUUAUGUCAAAAUGUGUAGUAGACCUAAAGACCAAAAACUAUAAACUUCAGAAGAAAACAUAGAACUACUUCUCUCAGACUUUGUGUUAAGAAAAGGUUUCUUAGGUAUAAUACCAAAAGCUCAAGCAAUAGAAGAAAAAAAUGAUGAACUGAACUGCAUCCAAAUUAAAGAUAUUCGCUUUUCAAAAGACACCAAUAGACAAUCCACAGAAUGGGAGGACAUAUCUGCAAAUCAUAUAUCUGAUAAAGUCCAUAAUAAUCAAAGAAAUCUUACAACUCCAUAAUAAGAAAACUCAAUUUAAAAGUGAGCAUAAGAUUUGAAUAAGUAUUUUACCGAAGUAGACAGAAGACGGCCAAUAAACACAUGAAAUGAUGCUCAUAGUUUUUAGAGGAAUGAAAUUUAAAUCUAUAAUGAGACAUCAUUUCACACCCUCUAAAAAAGCUAGAAUCAGAAAGACAAGCAGUAACAAGUUAGGAUGUAUAGAAACUGGAAGCCCCAUCAUUGCUGGAGGGAAAGUAAAUCAGUGCAGACAUUUCAGAAAAUAGUUAGGCAGUUUCAUGAAAACUUAAAUGUAAAUUUACCGCAUAACUCAGCACUUCCAUCACUGUAUAUCUGUCCAAGAGAAAUGAAAACAUAUGUCUACACAAAGUGUUCAGAGUGGCGUUAUUUAUAAUUACCCAAACCUGGAAACAACCCAGCAGGUCACCGUUGAAUGUAUAAACAAAAUAUUAUAUACUACAUUUGUAUUUUUAAAUGUAUAUUUCCAUGCAUAUACAUUUCAGCAGAUUUACAUCUAUCUGUAUACUAAAAUGGUGUAUUUAGGAAGCCCUGUAUUCUUACAUUCAUAAGAAUACGGACAUGUAUAUAAUUUCAAAUUAGCAUCUCUUCCGUUUUCAGCCCAGACACAAAUUUGGUUUCAAAUUCUAGCUCUAUUAUUUCUUAGCUCUGUGGUCCUGGACGAGUUACUUAACCUCUCUGAAUCUCUACUAGUAAAAUAUGAGCAAUACUCUACAUCUUACAGGACUGUGGGAUUAAAUGAGAUAAAAUGUCUAAAAUGCUUAGCACUAGGUAGGCAGAAUGUCAGUCCUUAAAUCAUACCCAGUGUUGUUAUUUGUCUUUUUGGAGCUUCAUUGCAAACCUAAUUGUUUACUAAUAUUCCUGGGUGAGAGAAGGGAGCCAUUUUAUGCAGCAGAGAGGGCUACUUCUGCUGUCUGACUUUUUCCAUUUAAUUUCUCAGAGCCCCAGUUGCCAAAAUCUGUAAAAGAGGAUACCGUACGUCAUCUCACAGAACCGAUGCUUAGGAAAGUUAUAUUAACGUGCUUCAUAAACUGCAAAACACAAUGAAAACAGAAAAGUACUCUAUUACCAUAGCCUUCUGUUCCCACCAAUGCCACCCACAAUGUGUUUUUAGGAGAACCAGAAUGACUGCUCAGAGUGAUGGGUAGUCAUUUCUUCUCCUGGAAGAUUAUAAUGAAACAAUCUCUUCAUGACCACGGUGGUGGUGGCAGCAAGACAUUUUCAGAAUAAAUUUUACUCCCUCGUUGCUUGAAUACAAAGUAAGGACGAUGUCCCUCCCUUUCUGAAGCUCUCUCUGCCUGUCCUCAUGAGUUAUCAGGCUCAGCUAAAUAUGUCCCUGGCCAGUAUGUUAAUAAUCCCCACUGGUUCCGAGACCUCCAUCCACCACCGAUGUGACAUUCUUUGUGUUCAAAUGUCUGGCUGACGUCUGAUGCUUAAAACAGCCGAUGCCUUCACCCCUCUCUGCAUUGUCACAGCCUGUAUCACCACUCUUAAAAGGCUAUCGCAGGCACUCCCAGCACCAACUGCUGACCAGCCUGCCCCCUUGCCUCCCUGCCUGCUGCCGGCUGCCUUGAAUGCCUGGUUCCUCCAGCUCCUUGCGGGUCUAACAGAGCAGGGACCAUGUCUACCUUCGGCUACAGGAGAGGACUUAGCAAAUACGAAUCCAUCGAUGAGGACGAACUCCUCGCUUCGCUGUCAGCUGAGGAGCUGAAGGAGCUCGAGAGGGAGUUGGAAGACAUUGAACCCGACCGCAGCCUUCCCGUGGGGAUGAGGCAAAAGAGUCUGACGGAGAAAACCCCCACGGGGACGUUCAGCCGAGAGGCACUGAUGGCCUAUUGGGAAAAGGAGUCCCAAAAACUCUUGGAGAAGGAGAGGCUGGGGGAGUGUGGAAAGGUUGCAGAAGACGACAAAGAGGAAAGCGAGGAGGAGCUCAUCUUUACAGAAAGUAACAGUGAGGUUUCUGAAGAGGUGUAUACAGAAGAGGAGGAAGAAGAGGAGGAGGAGGACGAGGACGAGGAUAGCGAAGAAGAGGAAAGAACAGUUGAAAACGAGAAAGGGAUUAACGGAGCUGUACAUUACGGUAGUGUCAAUUCUGACAACGCAAGGCCAAAGACAUUUACCAGUCAGAUCGAAAACAUACAACUGACGAAUGGCCACACACCGAGGAACACAGAGUCCCCGGCUGCUGCCACGCACCCCUGCGGAAACCCUACAGUGAUCGAGGAUGUUCUGGAAAAGAUUAAGAACAACGACCCCGACACCACGGAGGUCAACCUGAAUAACAUCGAGAACAUCACGUCGCAGACCCUCGCCCGCUUCGCUCAGGCCCUCAAGGACAACACAGUGGUGAAGACCUUCAGUCUGGCCAACACGCGCGCCGACGACAGCGCGGCCACAGCCAUCGCGGAGAUGCUCCGAGUCAACCAGCACAUCACCAAUGUCAACAUCGAGUCCAACUUCAUCACGGGCAAGGGCAUCCUGGCCAUCAUGCGGGCCCUGCAGCACAACACCGUGCUCACGGAGCUUCGCUUCCACAACCAGAGGCACAUCAUGGGCAGCCAGGUGGAGAUGGAGCUCGUCAAGCUGCUGAGGGAGAACACCACCCUGCUGAGGCUGGGCUACCACUUCGAGCUCCCAGGACCAAGAAUGAGCAUGACGAGCCUCCUGACGAGAAACAUGGAUAAGCAGCGGCAGAAGCGGAUGCAGGAGCAAAAACAGCAGGAGGGAAGCGAGGGAGGAGCCACCCUUAGGACCAAAGUCUGGCAGAGAGGAACGCCUGGCUCUUCACCUUACGCAUCUCCCAGGCACUCUCCCUGGUCAUCCCCCAAAGUCCCCAAGAAAGUCCAAACGGGGAGGAGCCGGCCCAUGUCCCCUGCGGCCCCGCCCCCGCCUCCUCCGCCUCCGCCCCCGCCCCCGCCGCCCCCUCUUCCUCCGCAGAGGCUGCCGCCCCCUCCUCCGCCUCCACCCCCUCCUCCCCCAGAGAAGAAGCUCAUCACCAGGAACAUUGCCGAAGUCAUCAAACAGCAGGAGAGCGCCCAGCGGGCACUGCAGAAUGGACAGAAAAAGAAAAAAGGGAAAAAGGCUAAAAAACAGCCAAACAAUAUCCUAAAGGAAAUUAAAAAUUCCCUGAGGUCCGUGCAAGAGAAGAAAACGGAAGACAGUUCCCGACCUUCCACCCCGCAGAGAUCGGCUCAUGAGAACCUCAUGGAAGCUAUUCGGGGAAGCAGCAUACGACAGCUAAGACGGGUGGAAGUUCCAGAAGCUCUGCGAUAAAAACAUGAUCUUUAGAAGAGGAUGCAGAAAUAUUCAGUGGUAUUAGAUGAAAUGCAUUGUGAGAUGUUUCUAAAAUACUUUCUUCAAUUUGAAAUGUUCUCUGACUCUAAAAAUAGCCUCGCCCAUUAAUUCCAAAGAGAAUUUUAAGAAACAGUCAGCAUGUUUCUUCUGUAAAUAUGAAAAUAAACUUCUUUUUUAUGUCAUGAGAUUUGUACUGACAAGAAGCAGUUUAUUUAAAGAUGCUCUGGACGGUUGGUAACUCUGAGCUACAAUGAAUUAACGAAAUAUGCUGUUAUUUUUGUAAUCCCAAUAAAUUUGGAUUGAAUUUUUUUGGGUUUUUUUUAAAACACUAAUUUUUUUUUGUAAGUUGAUACAUCUGUCAGGUGUGUAUGUAACAUUGCUAAAUAUUAAAAAUAUUAUAUUCUCACCCCCAAAAAGAUUUGA